AUGAACGCCGCGUUCAAUCCGCUAGCUAUGCUAGCAGAAAGGGUCUGCGGUCCCAUUUACAACGCUAUCGAUACAGGCAACAAUGUACUUGCUGUGAGACAUGCUGAUAAGGUGCUGCAGUCUCAGCCGGAUCUGGCGCUUGCUUCCGCACUCAAAGCGCUCGCACUGGUACGCUCAUCGAAACGCGCCGAAGCCGACCAGAUCUGCACAAAGCUGGUAAAGAGAGGCUUGCGGAAGGGCGAAGAAAACGCUCUGACACCACUGAUCUGGACAUUGGGUCGACUGGGUCGUACCGAUGACGAAAUCACUCUUCUGGAAGCUGCGGUCAAGGCUAGCCCCAACGACGAGUCCUUAGCUCGCCAGGCUUUCUUUGCUUUCAUCAAGAACAAAGCGUUUCAAAAAGCGCAGCAGCUGGCGCUCAAGAUGCACAAGUCGUUUACCGGUCGCAACCGAGCUCAAGGAAGGUUUGUGGAAGAGUAUUUUUGGUGGUCUAUCCUAUCUUAUCUGCUGCUCGCUAGGGAUCCCAAGGCGCCAGGUGCAGCUCUGGCACUACCGCUCAGCCAAAGGAUGAUCGAAAAGCAGAUUGAAUCCAAGCCGCUGGGCUUGAACGACGAAGAAGCGCUUUGUCUGUUGCUGCAAGUGCUCAUUCGACAAGGCAAGAAGCAAGACGCUUUCGAUUUGGUCGCUGCUCAAGACUCUGUUGGACAUAAGCUGUGCGACCGCAACCUUGGCUUGGAAUUCACCCGAACCGAUUUGGCUCAGGAUCUGCAGAACUGGAGAUACGUGGAAGCAAGCUGUUGGAAGCGUAUCGACGGUGGCAGUCGGAACUGGGCGCAUUUCAGCGGCUACUUGGACGCGGCCGAGAAGCUAGGCAAGGAUCACCUCGUGGCAGCUCAGAAGAAGAUCAACGUGCUUUUGAGCAUCAAGGGUGCUACAAAGGAUCGUUCGGUGCGGCUUGCCGAGCUGGAAGUUGUACGCAAGCGUUGGAACAUGGGCGACCAGGAUGCCGAGCCACAGCUUGAGGCCAAGUUGGUCUCUUACUUUGACCAGUUUGCGAGCAAAGCGUGCUGUCACGAAGAUCUUGUUGUGUAUCUCGGUGUGCUCGGCGCGGAAUCGCGAGCAAGGCUGACUGAAAAGAUCAAGAGCAAAGCACGAAGUUUGCCGAUCAAGAACGAGCUGGAUCUGAGGACCAACAUCUCGAUCGUCAAGAUCACACGAACAAUCCAACCUGCAAUCACUAUGACGGAGGAAAGCGAAGCCACUCUUGCGACUGAACUGUUGCAACAGUACCUGGACGGUCUGUCGGUAGGAGCAUCGUUGCCGGAUACGGAAAUGCAGCCUGCCGAUGACCUUGCACUUGUGGGCGUGCAAGCAUUGCUCUCGGCAUACCGGCUGUCGCACGGCAAGCUCGUGUACCUGUAUCAAACCAUUGCGUUGCUUGAAUUUGCCCUGACAAAAAGCAACAAGGGGUAUCAGCUACGAAUGCUGCUCAUCCGUAGCUAUAUUCUUGCAGGCGCGUUUGAUCGCGCUUCGGUUCAUUACGGCCUGCUUGGACUGAAAAGUGUACAGGCGGACACGCUGUCACACCUGAUCAGUGAGCGUUGCUCGUGCUUCUCUUCGGUGUGCUCGAGCAGCACAGAUGCGGACGAGGGACUAUACAAAACAAUUGUCCGCACACUGUCGACAUCGCAAGCAAUCUACGAAGAGAACUCGACGUCUACACCAGACAUGAUUUCCAAAGCAUUGGAGCACGGUAUCUACUCUCGCGUCGAGGAGUUUGUCGAAUUUGGCGAUGCGUUAGAGAGAUCGUUUCAGCGACAGGUGUUGCGGUUGGAAGAGUCGCGUUCGCAUUUCAUGAAUCGACGAAACUUGCGGAACGAGCAAGAGAGGAAACAGUUCGAAGCUGGCAUUGCCAAGGCGGUCGAAGCUGUCAAGCGGGAUGGGGAGAAGGGACUGUCGGACCAGAGAGAUUUCGCGGUGCUUGUCAACUAUCAGCCGCUGGAUACGCCGAAUGUCGAGGAGCUGACACAGGUGGGUGCGCGUAAGGAUGCGGGGUGGGUGCGGAGUAUUGCUUGGACGCUGUCGACAGAGAGCGGGUCGGUGGAAGAGACCGACUUACAGAGCCUGACAGCUCAAGAAAGGGCGCUAGUUGCUGUCACUCAAAGUGCACGUUCGGGGACGCUGGAUCCGACAAGGCUGACACAGAUGCUGGAAUCGACCAAGAGUACCGUCCGAUCGCUCAUGGAGUUGGCGAGUAAUUCGGCGAGUCAAACUGGCACGAUCCGACCAGUGGAUGCGGUACAUGAAGUGGCGCUAACACUGGAAGCCAUCUACCACACGCACUCGAAACUGGACGAUGAAUCAAAGUCAACGUGCAAAACACACCUGGCAGAAAUGGCUACGCUUGUCAACCACCUCUCUAGAGCAAGCGAGGCAGUAGGAUCACCGACAGUUCUUCAAGGUGGUUUCGCGUCGUUGGGUAAGGACAAAGUGGAACAGAUGCUGAAGAGCACUUGCGACAAUGUGGCUCACAGCUUGACCAAGGUGUUUGGCAACUUGAGGGAUGCUCUACGAGAUGCCUUGUGA